AUGGCUGAUGAUCCUCUAACCUACUACGAGCUACAAUCUUGCGUUGGUAAGGGAAAUUUCGGGGAUGUCUAUAAAUCUAUUAAUAAAGUCACGCAUGAGGUGUUUGCAAUCAAAAUCAUUAAUAUGGAAGAAACAGAAGAAGACAUUAACAUUCUCAUUCAAGAAAUCAAUCUCCUUUCUCAGUUGAGGUCUCCUUACUUUACCAAUUAUGUGAAGACUUUUGUAAGGGGAACUACGAUGUGGAUAGUGAUGGAGUAUUGUGGUGGUGGAUCUUGUAGUGAACUUCUGAAAUAUCUAGGAAAGUUAAAUGAACAAUGUGUGGCUCUCAUCAUUAGAGAUACUUUGAAAGGACUAGAGUAUUUGCAUUCACAGAGAAAAAUCCAUAGGGAUGUCAAAGCUGCAAACAUCUUAUUGACGGAAAAAGGCGAAGUGAAACUUGCCGACUUUGGAGUUAGUAGUCAGAUUGGCGUCACUCAAGUCAAGAGGGACACAUUUGUGGGCACCCCAUUUUGGAUGGCUCCGGAAAUCAUCACUUGCAAGAACGGGUACAAUGAAAAAGUAGAUAUCUGGUCAUUAGGGAUAACUACUAUAGAGUUAGCUACAGGAUCCCCACCGCUAUCGGAGAAUAAUCCAAUGAAGGUCUUGUUUGACAUUCCUGAUCUUCCAGCACCUUUACUUAAAGGAGACAAUUAUUCUUGCAACAUCAAAGCUUUUGUCGCAGCCUGCUUACAAAAAAAUCCAAAGUUACGUCCCAGUUGCAAUAUUUUAUCGCAAACUCCGUUUGUGACCAAAAUUCGAAGAAGUACUUCGUUGGUUCCUUUGAUACUGAAGAAACAGGAGAAGAUGAGAGAAAAAAACAUCACACCCAGGUCAAGAAUUCCAUUGGAAAAACUGGUCAACAUGACAAAUGGGGCCAGGGAAGAUUAUUGGCAGCUAUCCACUAUUCGAACCAGAGGCAGAAAUUUGUCAAGAUCUCCGAUGUCUCCAAUCACAGGUGAACUCAGUGCGAGUAAUGCCAUGACUGAAGAAACUACCCCAGAGUUAGAUAUGCCUUCCAAAAAGCUACAAUUGGGGUAUUCGGAUUAUUUAAAGUACGUAAUCCUUUAUGCCUUGGAUAAAGUUAGGAGCAGAGCCAGUACUGAAGUCACGAAGCUUGAUGUGGAUACUUUGAAGGCUACAAUGGAAGAGUUUGAGAAAAGACAGCCUGGUAUUAGUUGCGCACUAGUGGAAGAGAUAUUUUUCAGAGUUAGGGAUCAACGACUUUUUACUGUUCAUGAAAGUAACUGA